CCUACUGCUAACUCUGCUUCAAAGCUCCCCUCGAAUUGGGAGAAUCGAUCAAAUUUCAGUUCUUCCACACCUCACUAUAGAGAGCACAGCCCCAUCAGAGAUGGCAGCGAAAGUAAUCAGAUGCAAAGCUGCAAUAUGCAGAAAUGCAGGGGAGCCUCUAAUUAUAGAGGAAAUAGAAGUAGAUCCACCUCAUGCUUGGGAGGUUCGCAUCAAAAUACUCUGCACCUCUCUCUGCCAUAGUGACCUCUCAACCUGGAAAUUAACUUCUGGACCGGCGGCAUCAUUUCCAAGGAUUUUCGGGCAUGAGGCAGUCGGGGUUGUGGAGUGCGUGGGAGAGCAUGUGGAGGAAGUGAAGGAAGGCGAGAUGGUGGUGCCAGUAUUUCUUGCAAAUUGUGGGGACUGCAGGGACUGCAAGUCCAAGAAGAGCAACUUGUGUUCUAAAUUUCCACGGGUGAACUACAGUGGAAUGCCCAGGGAUGGAGGCAGCAGGUUUAGGGACAUGAAAGGAGAGGCUUUGAACCAUUUCCUGUUUGUGUCCAGCUUCUCUGAGUACACUGUGGUUGAUAUCACCCAUGUUGUCAAGAUCAGCUCGCAGAUUCCCCUUGACAGGGCCUGCUUGCUUAGUUGUGGAGUCCCAACGGGAGUGGGAGCUGUGUGGAAGGUGGCAAACGUGGAAGAAGGAUCUACAGUUGCCAUCUUCGGCCUUGGCACCGUCGGACUUGCGGUCGCAGAAGGAGCAAGGCUCUGCAAAGCUUCUAAAAUCAUAGGCGUUGAUUUAAAUCCUCAAAAAUUUGAGAUAGGAAAGAAAUUUGGAAUUACACAUUUUGUUAAUCCUACCACAUGUGGGGAGAAUUCGGUUCCUGAGGUGAUUAAAGAAAUGACAGAAGAUGGAGUUGACUAUUCCUUUGAGUGCAUUGGGUUGGCAUCCUCCAUGCAAGAUGCCUUCACUUCCACUCGGCAGGGGUGGGGGAAGACAGUGAUACUCGGCAUAGGGUUGCACGGAGCGCCUGUUAAUAUCCGCCCCUUCGAUAUUCUGAGAGGGAAGACAGUGGUGGGUUCUCUUUUUGGAGGAAUUAAGCCCAAAUCUGACAUUCCUGCCUUGGCCCAUAAGUAUCUCCACAAGGUCGUUUACUGAUAUCCUUGCUUCUUCGUCUCACCCAUGUCUCUUGGGUUUGACUGUGUGUGUACAUAUAUAUAUAUAUAUAUAUAUAUAUGCAAACCCUUCCUAAAUUCAUUCUAAAUUGCAUUAUUAAUUGCGUCAUUAUAUGCAUAUGCAGAUUCAUUUAUUCAUUGAUGUUCACUUAGUUUUGGAUGCUCACAGGAGCUUAGUUUGGAUGAGUUCAUCACGCACGAGGUGAGCUUCCAGGAUAUUAACAAAGCUUUUGACUUACUCCUUCAAGGCAAGAGCCUCCGCUGCAUCAUAUGGAUGGAUAAACAGGUCAAUGCAUGUGUCACGCCCAUCACCCAUGACUAAAUCUCUAAUUUUCAAAUAAAUAUAAUAAAUAAUUAACAAGCCAUUUUAAUCAGCUGGCACACUCAUCUAGUAUUCAGAUUUUGAAUACGUCCGUAGCAUUAAUAAAGAAGGUUGUAGUAUUGUUGGAAAUGUGUAUCUCCCUCAGCCCACAUCAAAAGAAAUGUAUUGUCUCUAUCCAUUAUCUGAUUAUUUAUUUAAAUGGCAUUUACCUUAUAGGUCUCA